GAAAGUGUGAACUGGGGGUGGGCGGUGUGUGUGUGUGUACGUAUACAUACGUGUAUGUGUGUGUGAGAGAGAGAGAGAGUGUGUGUGUCGCCAUUUCAGGCCGGCCUCGACGAUUUCUGAAGAACCACUACACAGGCCCGAGUUGUGACUUCAAACCAUCACAAUGGUGAAAAUCUUUGUAGGCAACCUUUCCCCCAACACCACCACAGACGAGCUGCGGUCCCUCUUCUCCCAGUAUGGGAAAAUCUCAGAGUGCGACAUAGUGAAGAACUUCGGUUUCGUCCACAUGGAAAACAAAGCCGAGGCAGAGGAAGCGAUUCGCAACCUCCACCACUAUAUGCUGAACGGCCUGGCCAUGAACGUAGAGAUGAGUCGAGGGAAACCCAAAGCCUCCACCAAGCUCCAUGUGGGCAACAUCAGUAGUAGUUGUACCAACCAGGAGCUGCGGGCCAAGUUCGAGGAGUUCGGCCCUGUGGUUGAGUGCGACAUAGUGAAGGAUUACGCCUUCGUGCACAUGGAGCGAGUGGAGGAUGCGAUGGAGGCCAUCCGAGGCCUGGACAACACCGCGUUUCAAGGCAAACUGAUGAGCGUGAAGCUUUCGACUAGCCGCCUGCGUACAGCACCGGGAAUGGGAGAGAGAACGGGUUGUUAUCGGUGUGGGCAAGAGGGCCACUGGUCCAAAGAGUGCCCACUGGAUCAGAACGGCUCCUACCGUGAGGGCCAGGGCUCAGAGGGCUAUGGCGCUCCCCGGUUCGGUGCGAAUGGCGGUGGUGGUCGCGGUUUCCAACAGGCUUUCAGUGGCGAACCGAGCUUUGGCAGCAACUAUGGGGCUGUACAAAGCUUCUCCCGUGGUACUGGGUACGGGGGUCCUGGGUAUGGCAGGGGCAUGGGCAUGAGCACGAACACAAGCACAGGCACGGGCUAUAAUGGUGCGAUGAGUUUCGGUGUCGCGGCGGGAUACGGCAUGAGCGCGACGUACGGCAGCGAGGCGGCGGCGGCGGCGGCAGCUUACAGCAGCGGUGUCAGCUACGGCAGUGCGGUGCCCGCGUUCCCUGCGCGGCGAGCGUCCUACGACGAACGGGAUCCGUACGGGGUGGUGGACUACUACGAAAAGUAUCGUGCGCGUCCUUAUGGAGGCGGUUAUUUUGAUGACAGACAAGCUGUCCCGAUUCCUGGCCCUCCUCCUCCUCCUCCCCCUGCGUCCUCAGCUAUAAGCACAGAGCGCAUGCCCUCGUCUAGCCUUGAUCUCUAUGAGCGCAACAGCCUCGCUCCUCCUCAGGCUCCGGGUUCUUCGUACUACGGCCGUGAUAGAAGCCCGAUUCGAAGGCUCCCUCUCGAGGUGGAAGGAUACGCGUAUGAUCGCGCGCAUGUCGCCCCCAUCUCUUCGCUUCCUCGGAGCUCUGCGUUCGACAUGCCGCGGGAUCCUUACACCGACCGGGCACGCUACGCGUAUUAAGAUAAUCUGUGCGCGAGUCAUACGUGUCCACACCACAGACUUAUUCAUUACAGUGAAUGUUGAUCCAUCUGGUGAUGUUUCUGGACGAGUGUGCAGAUCUCUGUACUAAAAAGUAGUCAUGCUAUCAUGUGAAAUAUUGUAGUCAAAUUUUUUUUUUUUUUUUUUUUUUUUAAAUUGGUUUGUUGUUGUUUGAGCUUUCUAACAUGGUGCAGUUACAAAUCCUGGCAGGAAAUCAUCCUUGAGUGCUCCAAUAAUUAACUGGUCGUGAUGACUGGUUACUUUUUUUACAGGUAUUUUCAACCAUGCCUACAGUCAUACAUUCGUUCAGUCUUCACCUUCCAUUAAAUACUAGGGUGCUUGAAUGGUGGAGCAGAUUAAGUUCUUUAUUCUAAUACAUGUAUGAUGUUUACUGUUACCUGUUUUUUUUUCCACUAACAUUUUCAGCCUGGUUUUAGUUGUUUGGCCUUUUUAUAUAUAUUUAUAUAUAUAAAAUUCUGCUUAGGUAGAUGGAACAUUACACAUCUGGAAUUCUGUUAACUUUUACAUGUACUACAAGGGAAGUUUGCUGUUAGAAUUUGAGGAAUUCUUAUUAGGAAAUAUCAAUCAUCUGGGUGGGUUUAUAUAUUAAACAACAUUUUGAUGUUACAUGAUUUUUAAUGUAGAUGCUGACUAAUCUGCUUGAAAAUGUUGUAAUAUUAAACCGAGCUUGGAGCAAAUCAGUAUGUAGUGUGUAAUAGAUCGGCCGAAUCCUGAUUUGUAUGUAGACUUAAAAUCGCACCAGUAAACAUCAGCUUUGAUUUGAAGUCAGCUUUUUUUUUUUUUCUUUGUGUUGAAACUGUUUUGCGAUAUUUUUUUCUUUGUAUAAAUCAAAAUCCAUCCUAUCCAAAAAAAAAAAAAAAAAAAAAAAAAGAGGCUUUAGUUUUUGCUCAGAAAAGUGCUUUUUCUUACAUUGUUUUUGUUAUCUUUUGUGAGGGAACAGCCAGUGAGUCUAAAUUGUUCAGCAUGAAUAGUUGUCAUGAAGGCCGGUCUCUACAGCAGUUCACAGAUUGAUAUGAUGUAUACAUUUAGACUCUAAUAGAUUAAUAGACCCCCUGGUAAGUUUAAAGAUCUUCAUUACAGUUGGACCAGAACAGUGUGUUGAUGUUUUAAUUAAAAUUAACCUUUUUUUUUUUUUUUUUUUGUGUAAUAAAAUUCUCACUGGAAAGGUCCUAAGAAGCAGCAGUUGCAUAGAAAUAUCCUUGUGGUAUUACAAAUUGUAUUGCAACUUAUUCUUUAAUAAAGGCAACGCACGCAGA